GAUUCUGGCAUCCGAGACAACUGUCAAUUAUCUUACCACCUGUCUUCAAUCCUGCCCAAGCACCUCGCCUUCAACAUGCAGUUUCUUUUCUUCCUCGCUGCAGCUCUAAGUAUUGGCGCCGGAACCUUGGCUUCACCUGCGCCAGCUGCUCGGAGCCUCGAUACACGGACUUAUCAUUGGCAUGGAUGUGCUGCGGGAAUUGAGUGUCACUCGGACGAGGACUGCCGCAUGAACUCGGAUUGCACGCAGACUGCGCAGGGGAAGCCCAAUAAUAUCCACUGUGGCCAGGAAAAUUACCCCUUCGCUUGCUGGGCGGAGUGGAAUACCUAGUCGUCAAGGUUUGCGAACACUAGCUCGAUUUUUUUUCUAUCAAUAACGAGCUAGAUGGUAGUUGUAGUGAAUGAUGGCCAUGAGGUGACGUCUCCGGGGACUACGAUGGAAUGAGUUUACGGGCUUUCAGAAAGAGCCCAAUGGGAUUCAUGAUGUAUUUCUCAUUGUUGACAAUUUGGGAAAUUGUUUAUCUGCUUGUUUCAUUUCUCUAAUCUGUCUUGGUAUUGUACGAGCCACACUGAGAUUGUAGCAGCCAACAUUCAACUACUCACCGGCUUCUCAGCCA